CAAACAUAUUUUAAUAAACGAUAAAUUAUUUCAUAAAAUUACUUGUCAUACAUUCAAUGAUGUAAUUUUUUUAAUUAUUCAAUAACACAGGGUUGAUAUUUUUUAAUUGAUUAACAAGGAAAAUUUUAUAUUAUGAUUUAGGCUUGUAUUAUCUUACAAGUUUAUUUAUGUUUCCAAAUUAAAAUCAAGUGACUAAAUCUUACAAGUCAUAAAUUAGUGAUACGUAAGCUGAACAAUAAACUAAGAUAACGAACUUUAUAUUGUAUACGUAUAUAAGAUCCUUUACACUAAGUUGAAAAGCUACGCCAGUAGGAGGUUGAACGUUAAUUUGUGAAAAUGCCGUGGACACCGGCAAAUCAUACUCAGGAAUGUAUUUCAAACCCUUCGCAAUCGCAAUGUCAACCAGCAGUUAUAGCGUUCAUGGCAUUUUUAGCAAAUUAUUUAGGACACUCCAAUGAUGAAUAUUUUAGUGAUUCAAUAAACUUGGAAACCAGUCAUAGAAGUAGUGAAAAACACGACUAUCAUUAUGAUUUCAUUAUCGUUGGUGCGGGCAGUGCCGGUUGUGUUCUUGCGAAUCGAUUAAGUGAAAUUGAAAAAUGGAAGGUUUUACUGAUAGAAGCUGGCGACGAAGAACCGCUGAUUGCUGACAUGAUCCCGUCAAUGGAGUAUUAUUUAAAAGGUAGUAGCAUUGACUAUGGAUAUCAAACACAACCAGAGCCAGUUGCUUGCCAGUCAGAUCCUAACAAAAAAUGUUCUUGGCCAAGAGGCAAAACAAUGGGUGGCAGUAGUUCAAUUAACGGUAUGUGGUAUGUUCGCGGUUCUAAAGAUGAUUAUGAUCAUUGGGCUCAUCUCGGGAACAUAGGGUGGAGCUACGACGAAGUUUUACCAUAUUUCAAAAAAUCAGAAGAUUCGAGGCUCCUAGAAAACGCGAACAAAGACCCUGUAAGCCAUGGAACUGGCGGAUACUUGACGGUUAGUUAUUUCAACAAAAGCAAGAAUUUCGAUACGUUGAUGAACGCUUGGGGUGAGCUGGGUCUACAAGAAAUCGACUAUAUAACCGGAGGUAGCAUGAUCGGAAGAGCAAGGGUACAAUCGACGACGAUUAAUGGUGCACGGCAAAGUAGCAACGGGGCUUUUAUCAGACCGAUCCGCGGACGACGAGGUAAUUUGAUCAUCAAAACAAAAGCUCGAGUGACAAAAAUAAUUAUUGAUACGAAAAGAAAGCAAGCUGUGGGCGUACAAUAUGUAACGGGUAAUAAUACAAAGCAAGUUUUUGCAAAAAAAGAAGUUAUUGUGUCAGCUGGCGUUAUCGACAGUCCCAAGCUUCUCAUGUUAUCUGGGAUCGGGUCAAAGUUGGAACUUUCCGAGGCAAAUAUUGAGGUGAUUCAAGAACUGCCUUCUGUUGGAAAAAACCUUCGCGAUCAUGUAGCGAUUAAGGCGUUAUCUUUUGAUUUGAAUGAUAAUUCCUCUGUUUUGGGCGAUGUUAAAGAUUUACAAAACAGCAUCGCUUAUUGGCUAAGCACUCGCGAAGGAUCUGCAAAUACUGCUGGAUCGUUAGAUUCGAUGGCAUAUUUUCAAACACCUUAUGAGACUAGGCCGGGAGUUCCCGACAUUCAAAUCACUCCACUUGAUGAUAUGCUCGACAAGCCUUAUUUCGCAAGAUUUUUUUACAACCAGAUAAUUUUUAGUUGCGUAGUCUUAGAAACGAAAAGCCUUGGAGCAGUAAAAUUGAAUAAAACUGAUGCUACAUUCAAUCCACCUCUCAUGUAUGGAAACUAUUUAACUCACCCAGCUGAUGUUGAAAGAGGCAUUGCUGCAUUAAAAAUAACGCAAAAAAUAUUCAAAACAAGUUCUUUCAUCAAAGCAGGAUUCAAACAAAAGCCCAUUCUUGGCUGCGAUCACUGUAUUGCCGGGAGCGAUGCAUAUUGGAAAUGCGUUGUGCAAUUGUACUCUGCUCCUGGCUGGCACAUGGUCGGCACUUGCAAAAUGGGACCAAAAUCUGAUAGAGAUGCCGUCGUAGAUCCAACUUUGAAAGUUUAUGGCAUCGAUAGGCUUAGAGUCAUUGAUGCUUCGAUUAUGCCUUCGUUGCCGAAAGGAAAUAUUAAUGCUCCAACUAUCAUGAUUGCAGAAAAGGGAAGUUCUAUGAUUAAGAAGCAAUGGUUGAAAAUUUAAGGCUAGG